AUGGCAACCUCGAGCCCCCAGGAGCAGAGGGUUGCAGUCAUUGGCCUUGGGGCCAUGGGGAUCGUCACUGUCAAGAACCUGCUAGAGGAAGGGUUCAACGUCACUGGCUUCGACCGCAAUGGCUAUGUUGGAGGGCUUUGGCAUUUUACUGAGGAUGAAGACACAUUGAGUGUGCUUGAAUCAACUAUUGUAAACGUCUCUAUCGCUCGGGGUUGCUAUACAGAUUUUCCCUUUCAAAAGGGAACACCUCCCUUCUGCUCCGCAAAACAGGUCAACGAGUAUCUCGAGAAUUAUGUCGACCAUUUCAACCUACAACCUCAUUUGCGGCUGAACACAGCAGUCAAGUACGUCGCAAGAGAGGAAGAAUCCAACAGAUGGCGACUAGACUUUGAACUUGCGCCCUCAGAGCACUUCGACAAAGUCGUCAUCGCCACAGGGCCGCAUCUGAACCCUGUCAUGCCUGAGAUCAAUGGAUCGAGCUUGUUCGCGGGAAUGAUCCUUCACUCAAAAUCAUUCAAGAGGCCUGAAGCAUUUACUGGCAAAAAAGUCGUUGUUCUGGGACUUGGCAACACGGGAAGCGAUAUCGCUGACAUAUUGGUCGGACACGCCUCGAGCAUAUACAUCUCCCAUAACCAUGGUGCCAUCGUCCUUCCCCGUGAUAUCGACAAGGUCACCGGAUCCAAAGGCUUCACUCAUCGAUUCUCAAUCAUUGUCGGCUUCCUCGAGAGAUGGUGUCCAUCCCUUUCGGAAGCUCUCUUUAACCGCAAGGCCAAGUCAAUUAUGAGCAAAGCCUUUGGCGAUGUUGAUCCCGCUUGGAGACUAGACCCAGCACCCUCCGUCAAAGUGACAAACCCAGUAGUCUCGGACACAUUGAUCAACAGACUACGUGCUGGGGAUAUCCAAACAAUUCCUGGAAUCAAGAAGGUCACAGGUCCAAAGGAGUUGGAGCUGACAGAUGGGCAAGUGGUGGAAGCUGAUGCCAUCAUUUGCUGCACGGGAUACAAGUACGGCUUCGACAUUCUGGACCCUCAGGUAGACCCCUCCGACAAGCCGGCCAUAGCCUGGCUCAAGGCUUGGGGAUCCAAGGGCCGUCCCUUGCCGCGUCUGUACCAAAACGUGUUCUCCCUCAAGCAACCGGACUCUCUCGCGUUCCUUGGUUGUGCUUGGUUCAUCACUAGCGCAUUCUGUCUGGCUGACUUGACGAGCAUGUGUAUUGCUCAGGUAUGGGCCGGACACUCCAAGUUACCACCGCAGCCUGAAAUGCAUCGCUGGAUGGACCAACAAGAACAGCGUAUCAGUAGGCUCGCGCAACGAGGGACAGUUAUCCCAGCCUCGGUGCCUGCACGGGAGUGGCUAGUUUGGGCUGACCGAACAGCCGGCAUGGGUGUGGAGGAGCAUCUUGGAUGGGGAUGGAAGGGAUGGUUGUUCUGGUGGAGGGAAAGGCCUCUCUGGAAGAUGCUAAUGGAUGGACCGCAGACCGCAGCAGCAUGGAGACUCUUUGAUGGGAAGCGGAAGAAGUGGGUUGGAGCAAGGGCUGAAAUUGAGAGGGCAAACGAGGUUGGUGAGUUUGACAAGGAGAAAUAG